UAAGUUCACCAGUGUGCAGUGCCUACAGAGGCCAAAAGAGGGUAUUUGGUUUCCUGGAACCGGCAUUUCAGAAGGUUGUUAGCCACCAAAUGGGUGUUGGGAACCAAACCUGGAUCCUCUGCAAGAGCAACAAGUGCUUUUAACUGCUGGGCCGUCUCUUCAGCCCCCCUACUUAUGUAUUUCAUGAACAACUUAUUUCUUAGCACUUUUUAAUCUUUAUAACUGACAAGCCCUCACUUGUUUGUCUAACCCAGUAGAUGGGUAUAACAUCAGUUUACAUGAGUCUCAGAAGGGUUUAUUCGUCCUACUGAUAAGAAGUUUGUGUUCUGGCAUCACCACUUAACCCUUUAAACCUAGUGCUUUCAAUUUGGACUUUCAUCAUCCCCCGCCCCCCUGAAAUACCACUCCCCCUCCUGAUUCACUUUAUCUUAGCCAACAUUAAAAACCUAUGUUCUUGGGUUCUGUGAUUCUAGAGUGAUGGAAGAGACAGGUGUUAAGGACCAAGGACAAGACAUAUUUUUCCUUGUGGUAACAAACUUGGGUUGCUUGCUCUUUUAGACACUGUACUUUUGUCAUUCUGAGAAAAUUAAGCAGUAGGUCCUAUGAAUAGUACCCAUUAUGCUUUAAUAAUAUCUAGAUAUUUUAAAAAGCAGGCUAUUCCUACAACAAGUGAAGAGGCUUUUUGGGGCGGGGGUUGGUUUUUUUGAGACAGGGUCUCCCUGUAGCCCCAAAUGUCCUGGAACUCACUGUGUAGACCAGGUUGGCCUUGAACUCACAGAGAUGAAGAGUUCUUUAAUGAAGGAAGCCAGUGGUCUAAUGUCACACAGCUCCUAUGUUCCCAUGUUGAAUAAGGACUCUGACCCCAGGUUCUAGUUCUACAGUCUGGAUUUCUCCACAAACACAGCUCUUGGGGUUCCAUAAUUUGUUAAAAUGAUUGAAGACAACCUGAAAGUUAAGUGAGGUUAGUUUACAUUGGGGGAAAAGGGAGGGUUGCUUCUCAGCUAAUUUUUUUGUUUACUCAGUCCUUCACACUCUAAAAUGAAAAUGAACCUAAGUUUCAGAGAGAAAGGAAAGAGGCAGCAUGAGCCACAGAAAUAAUAAGAUAGCCAACUCCUGCCCAUAGGGAGGUAUUUCCAGAAGGCUGGCCUUCUGUAGUUGCCUGGCAACAAGUGUAAACAGCACAGGAUCAUGGCCACUAACUACAGUGCCAACCAGUAUGAAAAAUCUUUCUCACCCAAGUACCUGCAGAACUGGUCUCCUGCCAAGCCAACGAAAGAGAGAAUCUCUUCCCAAGAAGGUUAUACUCAGAUUAUCGCCAACGAUCGAGGUCAUCUGUUGCCCUCAGUGCCCCGUUCCAAGGCAAGUCCUUGGGGUUCCUUCAUGGGCACUUGGCAAAUGCCCCUGAAGGUACCACCUGCUCGAGUGACCUUGACCUCCCGUACAACUGCUGCUGCCGCCUCCCUCACCAAAUGGAUACAGAAAAAUCCUGAUCUACUCAAGGCCUCUAAUGGGCUGCGUCCUGAAAUUUUAGGCAAGCCUCACGAUCCAGACAAUCAGCAGAAACAAAAGAAAUGUAUCACAAAGACUGUACAACAAGCACCAAAUCCAACCAUAAUCCCAAGCUCCCCAGAUAUCGACGGUGACACCCCCAAUGAACCCCAAAGCUCACACCCCUCUGCAGGUCGCUCCAGGUCCCCUAACCCCAGUCAACUCUCCUAAGACCCAAUCUGAAAGCCAGUGUGUAUGCUAGAACACUGAGCAAGUCCUACUGUAGCUGAAAUACAGAAAUGCAAAGCUGGAAUUUCUUAGAGGAAAGGGGGCCAUGCUACGAUCUGUCUUAGGGAUUAAGUGAAAUAAAAACAAAACCCCCAGAUCAGAAAUAUGGAACAGAGAAAUUAUGAGACCGAAGAGACAAAUUUGGGCAAAUAAAUAGUUUUUUAAAUCUUUUA